UUACUGCAUACCACGUCAGCUGUCAUUCUGGUAUGAGUGAACCCCGCAAACCAGAUCGCUUGCCUGUGGUACCCAGUAUUCGGGGGCAUUCGAUAUCGCUUCACAAUGUCAGUGGCCUUACAAAUCACUGAAGUUGUCUUGACUGUGAUAAUGAAAGUGCCCGACAUUAUCAGAGUCUUCAAGGAGCUUGGCAACGGGAAGGUGAAACAGGAACACGAGAAUCUUGCACAGGAACUCUGUGCCCUUCGCAAGGAACAUGAGAGGGCGUCAAAGACCAUUGACGCCCUAGUUGAGAGCCAAGAACAAUUGAACCAAACACUCCAGCUGCUGACAGAACUGCUGAUAGUGCUAAACAGCCUGUCUUCAAGGCCUUGGCCAGAUCUGCAAGAGAGCAUUCGCGACGUUUUGGGUCAAGGAGGCCUCCGCCAGGACUCUGGCGUCCGUGUGAACGAGGCUCCCUCAGGGCUAACCUGUGCAGUCUGCAGGUCGACCUACAACGCGCACGAUCGUCGUCCGCUUAUCUUCUCCAGCUGCGGCCACACCUUCUGCGAGGAAUGCCUUAGGACGGAGAACCGCAAGAGUGUGUUCCGGUGCCCUUCUUGCCGGCAGGACCGCGACCAGUUCUGGACGCUGAAGCCUAACUUCGCGCUGCUCGACCUGCUCGAAGCGAGGAGAGUCCAGGAGACCAGGGAUGACGAAGACGACGAAGACGACCUCAAGAAGGGUCUCCGCAUGGACGACGACGACCUGCUCUCCCUCGCCCUCCACAUGUCCGCACAGGAGGCCGAGAACAAGGAGUACAGGCGUCAGGUCGCCGCCUUACUCGCGCGAGAGCCCGCUGGGGCCGGCGACGUCCCCGGAGCGGAGGGCGGCUGGCAGGAGGAGGCAGAGGGGCGUCCGGGGAAGGAGGAAGCUUACUGCCAUGAGGAACUUGAAGGUCUUGAUGGGAAAAAGCUCCGCCUUGAGAAGGAGGAGGCUGAAGGAGAGAGGAAAACAUGCUUCUGGUUGGAGGAGGAAGAAGAACUGCAACUGGCCAUGGCUAUGUCACUAUCUCACCAGAUGAGUGAGGAGAAGGCAGCAGAUUAUUAUGAUACAGAUUAAAUGCGUUCCAGCAUCAUGGAGAUGAAUUGAAGCCCUAAACACACACAUACAAACACUAUGUGUGUGGAAACCUUACAUUGAAGGUGUGAUUAUGAGGUAAAUGUGAAAUGUGCACACCUACAUUUAUAUACAAAGUACAGCUUAUCAAUAGAGCAUGUAAAAUUUAUAUAUUUGUGGAAAAUUGCAAGAUAUGCAAUUUGCUAAGGGGUAACAUAUCUUUUUAAUGUUUAUUCUAGAAAAUCUAACUUCACUGUUGAACUU